CCCUCGGCCCUCCUUUCCCGCGGCUCCGGCCCCCUCCCCGCCGCCGCGGAGCCCAGCGCCGCGGCCCGAGAGCCGCCGCCGCCGGAGGAUGCGACGUACCACAGUGUAGCGUCCACGAACGGAAGCACCGGGACUGGAUGGAAGUGAGCGUCAAGAAGAGCCCCCUCUCGGUGCAGAAGGCCGUCCCGUGCGUGAGGAUGAAGCAGGCCCCGGAGGCCCUGGGCGGCAGCACCGGGAAGGCCCCGGGCUGCGAGGUGAGCCGCGAGUGCUCCGUGUUCCUCGGCAAGGCGCAGCUCUCUGCCGGCCUGCAGGAGGGGGUCAUGCAGAAGUUCAACGGCCACGACGCGCUGCCCUUCCUCCCGGCGGAGAAGCUGCGAGACCUGACCUCCCGCGUGUUCAAUGGGGACCCCGGCGCUCAGGAGGCCAAACUGCGGUUCGAGUCCCCGGAGGGGAGAGGCACGGGGACCCCGCCCAGCGCCAGCCCCACCAAGAACGGCUCUCCUGAGAUCAAGCUGAAGAUCACCAAGACCUACAUGAAUGGGAAGCCGCUCUUCGAGUCCUCCAUCUGUGGCAGCGGGGCCGCGGACGCGUCCCCGUCCGAGGAGAAUGGACAGAAGCCGGAGGGCAAGGCGAGGAGGAGCAGGAAGAGGAGCAUUAAGUAUGACUCCUUACUGGAGCAGGGCCUGGCGGAAGCCGCCCUGGCGCCGGAGACCUCCAGCCCCUCGGACAAGAAGGUCCCGGCUGCGAGGGAGCCCUGCCCCGGCGCCGGCAGGGACAAAGACCGCGUGCUGAAGUACAACGUCGGCGACUUGGUGUGGUCCAAGGUGUCCGGGUACCCGUGGUGGCCAUGCAUGGUGUCCGCUGACCCGCUCCUGCACAGCUACACCAAGCUCAAAGGUCAGAGGAAGAGCGCGCGCCAGUACCACGUGCAGUUCUUCGGCGACGCCCCCGAGCGGGCCUGGAUAUUCGAGAAGAGCCUGGUGCCCUUCGAAGGGGAGGCGCAGUUCGAGAAGCUGUGCCAGGAGAGCGCCCGGCAGGCGCCCACGAAGGCGGAGAAGAUCAAGCUGCUGAAGCCCAUCGCGGGCAGACUGCGCGCGCAGUGGGAGACGGGGCUCUGCCAGGCCGCCGAGGCCGCGGGCAUGUCCGUGGAGGAGCGGAGGGCCAAGUUCACCUUCCUCUACGUGGGGGGCCAGCUCCACCUGAACCCGCACGUGGCCAAGGAGGUGGGCGUGCUGGGCGCGGCGGCCGCACCCACGGGGCCCCGGAGAGAAGAAGGCACCGCAGUCAAGAGAAGGGGGAGGGCGAAGCCGGCCCCCCCUGCCGACAGCCAGGACGACGGCUCUGCAGCAGCGACGGCGGCCCAGACAGCGGCCGAGGCCGGUCCCAGGAGAGGCAUGGGUGCCGUCCCCGGGAGGAAGAAGGCCGCGGCCGCCACACCGCGGAGCCGGAAGGGGGACGCCGCCUCCCAGUUCCUGGUCUUCUGCCAAAAGCACCGGGACGAGGUGGUGGCCGAGCACCCGGACGCCUCUGGGGAGGAGAUUGAAGAGCUCCUGGGGUCCCAGUGGAGCAUGCUCAGCGAGAAGCAGAAGGCGCGCUAUAACACCAAGUUCGCCGUGCUGGCCCUGCCCCCCUCCGAAGAAGACGCAGGCUGCUGCCACGGGAGGAGGAGGGCCCAGCCGAAGAGGACACAGGACCCUGCGGGGGACGCCGACCCUGAGGACGUGCCCCGGAAGAGGCUCAGGACUGACAAGCACGGCCUCCGGAAGAGAGAGACCUUCGCCGACAAGCCGUCCCGAACAGGCUCCUGCAAGGCCCUGGAGGCGGCCUCCUCCCUGAAGAGCCAGGCAGCAGCAAAGCACCUGUCGGACGCGUGCAAGCCCCUGAAGAAGCGGCACCGGGCCCCCGCGGCCGCGCCCCCUGCGCCCGCGCUCAGCAAGAGCUCGUCCCCCGCCGCGUCCGUGACCGAGAACGAGGUCUCGGACGGCCCGGGAGACGAGCCCCUGGAGUCCCCGUACGAGAGCGCCGACGAAACUCAGACCGAAGCGUCCGUCUCAUCCAAGAAGUCGGAGCGGGGCGUGGCUGUCAGGAAGGAGCACGUGUGUCAGGUGUGUGAGAAGCCCGGCAGCCUCCUGCUCUGCGAGGGCCCCUGCUGCGGGGCCUUCCACCUCGCCUGCCUCGGGCGGUCCCGGCCCCCGGAGGGACGGUUCACCUGCAGCGAGUGUACUUCAGGGAUCCACUCCUGCUUCGUGUGCAAGGACCGCCGGGCGGACGUGAAGCGCUGUGUCGUGCCACAGUGCGGGAAGUUCUACCACGAGGCCUGCGUGAGGAGGUUCCCCCUGACGGUGUUCGAGAGCCGGGGCUUCCGCUGCCCCCUGCACAGCUGCGUGAGCUGCCACGCCUCCAACCCCGUGCACCCGCGCUCCGCGAAAGGUAAGAUGAUGCGCUGUGUCCGCUGCCCCGUGGCCUACCACGGAGGGGACGCGUGUCUGGCCGCGGGCUGCCUGGUGCUCGCCCCCCACAGCAUCGUCUGCGCGGGCCACUUCACCGCCCGGAAGGGGGCGCGGCACCACGCCCACGUCAACGUCAGCUGGUGCUUCGUGUGCUCCAAAGGGGGCAGCCUGCUGUGCUGCGAGGCCUGCCCCGCGGCCUUCCACCCGGACUGCCUGAACAUCGAGAUGCCGGACGGCAGCUGGUUCUGCAACGACUGCAGGGCCGGCAAGCGGCUGCGCCACCAGGACAUCGUCUGGGUCAAGCUCGGGAACUACAGAUGGUGGCCGGCAGAAGUUUGCCAUCCCAAAAAUGUCCCCCCAAAUAUUCAGAAAAUGAAGCACGAGGUUGGAGAAUUCCCUGUGUUUUUCUUUGGGUCUAAAGAUUAUUACUGGACGCAUCAGGCUCGAGUGUUCCCGUACAUGGAGGGGGACCGGGGCAGCCGCUACCAGGGGGUCAGAGGGAUCGGAAGAGUCUUCAAAAACGCGCUGCAAGAAGCCGAGGCUCGUUUUCGUGAGAUCAAACUCCAGAGGGAGGCCAGGGAGACACAGGAGAGUGAGCGAAGGCCCCCGCCCUACAAGCACAUCAAGGUGAACAAGCCGUACGGGAAGGUGCAGAUCCACACAGCCGACAUCUCCGAGAUUCCCAAGUGCAACUGCAAGCCCACGGACGAGAGCCCCUGCGGCAUCGACUCGGAGUGCCUGAACCGCAUGCUGAUGUUCGAGUGCCACCCGCAGGUGUGCCCGGCGGGCGAGUCCUGCCAGAACCAGUGCUUCAGCAAGCGCCAGUACCCCGAGACCAAGAUCAUCAGGACGGACGGCAAAGGCUGGGGCCUGGUCGCCAAGAGGGACAUCCGCAAGGGGGAGUUCGUGAACGAGUACGUGGGCGAGCUGAUCGACGAGGAGGAGUGCAUGGCCCGGAUCAAGCGCGCGCACGAGAACGACAUCACGCACUUCUACAUGCUCACCAUAGACAAGGACCGCAUCAUCGACGCUGGCCCCAAGGGCAACUACUCCCGGUUCAUGAACCACAGCUGCCAGCCCAACUGCGAGACCCUCAAGUGGACCGUGAACGGCGACACCCGUGUCGGCCUCUUUGCCCUGUGCGACAUCCCUGCAGGGACGGAGCUGACCUUCAACUACAACCUGGACUGCCUGGGCAACGAGAAGACCGUGUGCCGCUGCGGGGCCCCCAACUGCAGUGGCUUCCUCGGGGACCGGCCCAAGACCUCGACGGCGCUCGCGUCCGAGGACAAGGGCAGGAAGGCCAAGAAGAGGGGCCGGCGGCGCCGGCCCCGCGGGGAGGGGAAGAAGGCCUCGGAGGACGAGUGUUUCCGCUGCGGCGACGGCGGCCAGCUGGUGCUGUGCGACCGCCGGGCCUGCACCAAGGCCUACCACCUGGCCUGCCUGGGCCUGCGCAAGCGGCCCUUCGGGAAGUGGGUGUGCCCGUGGCACCACUGCGACGUGUGCGGCAAGCCCUCCGCCUGGUUUUGCCACUUCUGCCCCAAUUCGUUCUGCAAGGAGCACCAGGACGGGACAGCCAUGGGCGCCAGCCAGGACGGGCGGCCCCGCUGCAGCGAGCACGACCCGGGCGCGGAGUCCGCCGGCCGCGCCCCAGCCGCGAAGCCCUGCCCGGAGCCCGCGAAGCCCAAGGGGCGGCGGCGGCGGCGGCGGGGCUGGCGGAGGGCCACGGAGGGCAAAUAGCUCGGGGGGCCUGGCUGGGUUGGGGGCUGCCCA